AAGCUGGCAAAGCAAAGCCAACAAACAAGACAAGACAAGAUGAAUCUUCUCUGCUGUUUUGAGGAUACUACAACUGUUAGCAACGACGCAGAAGCAACAGAGCAGCCAUCUACUACAAAAUCGCAAUUGCCAGAGGGUGCUUUGGAAAUAUGUCGCAAAUUUGACAAGAAUGGUGACGGGUAUAUCAGCAAGAAGGAGAUGAGGGAGGCUGUUGGUAACUCUGUAACAAAAAAAGAUUUGGAAGAGCUCUUAAAAAGAGCUGAUACCAAUAAUGAUGGGAAAGUAGAUUAUGGAGAGUUUUUCAAAGCUGCUUUUUCCAAGGAAUGAUUACAUUGACAGCUACAAUAAGUGUGCAUAUGUAUAUUGUACUUAGUUUUCUUAAUCUGGAUGAAUUUAUUAUUUUAUUUUAAUGAUCCUACUGUGCAGUUGACAUAACUCCCACUCUAAUAUAUAUAGUGUGAUAACCUCCUCCACCUAGUUAAUUUUUAGCUCCGCCCCAAAUUAAUAAACCACAUAAGACCUUUAGCUCAGCUCAAGCAUCAAAAAAGAUCUUUUUCUCUAGAUUAGAUAAUCUUGAUUUGUUGGUAAAUAUGGUCCAACCUUUUCAUCACUUUGCUCCACCACUCAACACUCCUGUACCAGCUGCAGCAGCUCCAUCCCAGAGUGUGCUUCCUCCAAGAAGACAAAGAAGCAAUACCAUUGGAAAUGUUGAGGAACUGUCCAGCAGCAGCAGCAGUGAGAGCAAUGUCUCUGGCCGCCGCUCCAAGAGCUGGUAUGAAGGAUUAGCUGGUAGUUUCAUUGAUAGUAUAAGAGGUAGUUCAGUGGCAAGUGAUGCAAUAGAAAAAAAAGAAAGUAUCAAGACCAAAAUGAAAGGAGCAUUGAAAGAUAUAGCUCAAUGGUGCCCUGAGGAAACUCGUGAGGAUUUCCAAAAACACUACUUGGAGCCUGUCAAAUACAAAAUGAAGGAAAAGAUAGUUUCCAUUGGAAUAUGCGGAGAGGCUGAAUCUGGGAGGAGAACAUUACUUAGUGUACUCCAGCAUUCAAGAAAUAGAAGUUCGACUAGUAGCAAUGAUUCAUACCUGGUCUUCAAACUGUGUCCUUACAUGAGUCAUGCACAGGCUGGGAACCUCAAUGAAGAGUUUACUCGCUCACUUCUCUCCUGCUCAGCUUAUCUCUGUGUUAUGAGCUGCCAGGAGAUACACAAGGAGAGAGUUGAGACAGGCUAUCUGGAAGUGUUGCUACAGAGAGACAAAGAUAUAUUUAAUCAGAGAAGAGCUCUAAUUGUUGCAAACAAGCUUGAUCUUUGCUUCACGGACGAGGAGCUCCAAAAGAUGGGCAGACAAAUUAAUAUUGCAUCUCAUGCCAACUCUGGCUCUCUCAGUGCGACAAGUAGCGAAUACUCACAUUAUGAUAGGCUACAGGAUCAUCAAGACUUUGAACAGUACAUAAAGAAAAAAGCGGCUGGACAAAUUAAGCAUCACACAGGCACUGAGGUGCCUGCAAGUUGCAUCAAACCAGCCAUACUGAAGUGGUCAAGAUUAGCUCGAGAUUAUUACCAAGGGAUUGAAGAGGGACCAGGGACAGAAGCUCAGUUACAAGAAUGGCUGGAUCUGCAUGAACCUUACAGAGAAAUGAGCAGUGACCUCGAGGGAGCAAGUGACGAGAAAAUAUUUGAGAUAAUAACUGGGACUUCAGACAUUGAAGACUGGGUUGAGCAUCACUCAAAAAAUGUUAAUAACCUCAAACAGCUCUCAGUAUUAUCUGAUAUUGUUUAUUGCAUUCAUCAAUGCAUUGACCUCCUCCAAACAGAAAUAGAUACUCUCACUAUGAAACUAGAGAAUAUGGAGACUCUUUUAGUCCAAAAGUCGCAAAUGAUGGAAGAGCUGAGGUUAUGUCAUUCUGUCAUAUCUUCAAAUAUCGACAACACAACACUAUUUGCUGGCUUAAUAGAAGCCUAUGACACAGAUAUAAAAGAGCCAUUGUUGAAUCUUAGAAAACUAGCUGAAAGCCUUAUAGAAAGAUUCAAAGAAAUGAGCACAUCAAAAGUGAGAAGACUCGUUCAAUAUCAGGUUGAAUAUCCCUGCAAUGAAGCACUUCAGGAAACAUGUGAACUUGAUAUUGAUAGUUUUUGUCGUGGGGCAGCAAAUCAAGUGAAAAAAAUAAGAAGAGGUGUCAUUUUAAAUAGCAUGCACAAUGUUCUUCCAUUUAAAAUGAUAAAAGAGAAUGCAUUAGAGCUCACUAAACUUGCUGAUCAUUUACUCGAGGAGAAAACAUCACUGGAACUCAUUAUAAUACCAGGAGGAGGAGGAAGUAUUGAAGGAGAUUGUACUAGGAAAGAUUACAACAGACUAUCAUGCACUAGUGGAUUAGAACUGUCUUAUCCAGUCACUCUAGAAACAUUCAUCAAUGACGAUGAUACACUACAAGCAAUAGCUGAUCAACUUCACCCCUAUUUCUGUACUAUGCUUUCUUUGCAUACAGACUCAGUAGAAAAUGCAAUUGAUCACAAAAAUCUGGACAAUGAUGUGAAGGAGGACUUUAUAAAACGAUGUGAGAAGUAUUUAACAUCAGAAAAUCUUAGAACAAAAACUGUUCAGUUUCAUAUGGACAUAGUCACUACUUAUAUCUCAAAUUUUCUUGAGAAGUUUGAUCAAAAGUAUCAACCACAAUUAUUAUCAAUGAAACAACAGAUGACUGAAGAAAUUGAGACUUUGACCAAAGCAAAGGAAAGAAGUCUUAAAAACAUGAGGAAAGCAAUCACACUUAAAGUGACACUAGAAUUAGAAAGAUCAGAGCUCUUGGCACGAAUCGCGGGUGGAAAUAAUUAAUACUUAAUAACGACGUGGUGUUGGCUUUUAUAUAAAUAUCCUUAUAUAUAACAGAGACUUAUUUUAACUGUGUAUAUUAUAAAUUUUUAAUUUUAUUUUUAAUUUUCUAAUGCACGCACAGUUAUGUUUUAGUUGCAACUAUCAUAUAAUAAUAAUCAGUUAAUUCUUUGAA